AUGGAACAAGCUGACCCACGACAGUUGUUCAAUACUUCUUGGACCGUCCACCGUCUAUCCCCUCUCCAUCAUGGGAAGGACUGUGAAACCCUCCUAAACAACCAGGUCGCCUUGAAAACAUAUGCGACGCGUCUACGCGACCAUCUCACAGGCGAUGUCCUCGCUGGUAUUCAUACAAGCACUGGUGCAGCAGACGAUGACGCGCUCUCCAAGACUGGCGCCCUAAAAGAUUGUCUAUGGCGAUCAAUCUCACCUCAAUCAUUGCGUGACGAAGCGCCAAGCAGAUCCCAGAGUGCCACAUUUUCUGGAAUUCUAGUAACAUUAGAAUACGAGAACAUCAUCUACAGAGCAGCUUUGCUCGCAGACACAACGUCACCCCCAAGUCAGCGCACAGGAUCGACGUCUCUCCCUCUCCUUCUGACUAGAUUUCCAACUGCGCUCCGGCAAACAUUCGUCGCUUUCUUAUCUACCAAUUUCGACACUUACUGCUCGCCCCUCCGGCUGCCAUCGAGUUUUCUCUGCGCAGGUCUAGAUACGUACAUCGAUACCUUGCGUACUCGACGGCCAAGUACAAGUGACAUAGUCGAAGAUGCUAUCAAAGAGUUACAGCUCACGCUCUCCUUUUCAUCAUCGAUCGCACCAGCGCUGAGAUCCCUGAAUGUGAGCGUCGCGCGCGUUUCACUGGCGGGCUUCCUGCGCGAUCAGCCUGGACAAUCGGCGCCGAAGUCACGCAGUCUUCAGCAUAAACUGCGCAGCCCUUUCAUCUCCAAUCUUACUUCGUACCUGGAGAAUCAUCUCGCCAUGAAGCUGGAUCUUGACGGGUUGUCUUCGGAUCAGGUUGCUAAGCAGCAUGUGCGACUCUCGAAAGUUGCCUGUGCUGCUUUUGUUUUGGGCAAUGAAGGACGUGUGAAGCUGGUUGUCUCUGCUGAUAGGGAUGCUGGGGAUGGCGACGAGGGCUCCCGAGUUCGAGGAGAGAAGAAUGAACCUACUUUGGAGGCAGGAGAAUUGCUUCUGCGGUCGGUGAUUCAGAAGGCUGUUGUGGAGGAUCAUUCAGCUACGUGA